GCAUCGACAAGUUCAAAAACCGAGAGGGACCCACCACUCCAUUCCUCCCCGGCCGUCGCGCUCCGCUUUUCCUCCGCCGCCGCCUCCUCCUCAUCCCUCCUCCCGCGGAGAGGAGAGGAGAGCCGAGAGAGGAAGUGGAGCAAUGGCGGCCGCGGCGGAGGGCGAUGAGGACCCGCGCUGGAGGAGGUGCAACACCGACUGCGUCUACUUCCUCGCCUCCCCCUUCACCUGCACCAAGGGGUCCAAGUGCGAGUACCGCCAUGCCGAUGGCGCCCGGUUCAACCGCCGGAAUUGCUGGUACUGGUUCAAGGGCAACUGCGUCAACCCGAGCUGCACAUUUCGUCACCCCCCACUGGAAAACUUAAACAAAACCAAAUCUUUAGCAGACCCACUCUCAUUGUGUUCUACUUCUGUCAAGGCAGCUAACCCUUGUUAUUUCUACUAUAACUCGCACUGUUCAAAAGGUGACAAUUGCCCCUACCUCCAUGAGCCUCUAACUUCUAAUGAUGCUGUGGGAACUUCUUGUAAAGCUACCACUUCCAAUCCUGCUGUAAGUAAAAGUUAUGUUGGAGAUGAGAUGGUUGAAGAAUCGAAAGACACUAUCACAAAUCCCUGUCAAGAUACCUCUUGCCAUAUAAAAGAAGUUCCUGUGUCAAUCAAUCCUGAAUUUGGUGAAGCUGAAGCUGUUUCCGGUGCACUUGAAACAUCAACUGAUAUAGAUGAAUACAUGAAAUGUUCCGCAGUCUCAGAUCUUAAUUCAGGAGAUUCAACUAUGGACCACACAGAACAAGAUGAGCGUGAUUCCUCUCCUGGAUUUGAUGUGCUUGUGGAUGAUUGCCUCUCUAACAAGAGUGAUCUUGAACAUCAAUUGACUACAGAGAGUGAUAAUAAGGUGCUUCAUGCAGAAUAUGGUAUUAGAGAUCCAGUUCUUUAUGAUAUGUAUUACCAUGAUCCAGAGUACUAUAACUAUGAACCAGAAUUUUGUGGUCUUGAUGAUCGGCAAGGUUACCUUUAUCUUUGCCAGCCUAACGGAGCUCAUGAGCAUGAAAGUGAGAUCACUUUGGGGCAUUUACUACCACAAAAUACUGAGGUCACUUCUGAUGAAUAUGACAGAAGGUUCUUCAAUCCCAGAAACUUCACCAGCUCAGUGGCAGAUACUAACUUUGUUCAUCAGCACACCCAGAUUAGACACAUCUCAAAAAGAAGACCUGAGAAUAGAAAAGGUGCAAAGGGAAAGAAGGAUUGCAUUAAGAGAAGCCGUUGCCUUGAACCCAAGAAUAGUACUCAACAGAUUGAAUCAAUGCCAACUCGUCAAAGGAAAGAUUAUUUGAUGGGAGAGUGUCCUCAACCUGCUAACCAUGCUACUUUCAGGGGACGGAGGAAGAAAAAUAGAGGAAAGCAACAGCAUGUUCUUUCUGCUAAAUCUUCUGAACAUCCUACUGCAGAUUUUACUGGGCCGAAGACCCUUGCUCAGAUAAAAGAAGAGAAAUGUAAAUCCAACUCAAGUUUUAGCCACUCCACUGCUUGCACGCCUAAUGUGAGAUCCUUCUCAGAUGAUUUUGAGGGGCCCAAAUCUCUGACCGAGCUUCUCAUGACUAAGAGUAGGAGUUCUGUUGGCAAGUGACCAUAUCCUAGCAAGUGUUUAUGUAAAAGUGCAGCUCAGUGAGAUUUCUGCUUUACUUGGUUAGGAUGAUGCCAACAGUUUUUUUUUUUUUUUUGAGGAUGAAAGCAAUUCAGUCAAAAGGUCACAGAAGGUCUAGUGACAACUUUCUUUGAACAAAUUCUUAUGAGUUAACCUGCCAGUGAAUGUGCGGAUGAAGAAGGGAUCCAUAUUAAGGAAUUUUGCUUUGUAAGUGGUAAAUGAUGUUAAUCCACUAGUUACUUCAUGUUGCUAAGAUCUUGACUUUAAUUUAGUGGUAAAAUGAUAGUACUAUCUAUGAACUUUUAGGAACAAGCAUCGGCCUUAUUUGCAUGGGGCUGCUUAGGUUAUGCCCUCUGCUGCUUUAAAAGCUAGGAUUAACAAUACCUGCCUAAGUGCCUCCUGCUGUUCUGCUAUUAUUUAUGAUAAUUUUCUCAACUUGUACUUUUUAUAACAGUAAGGUGAUGCUACAUUGACUUUGCGUGCA